AUGAAUGUACUUUUAGUUGGUUGUGGUUUUACCUCUACAUUGACUGCGUUUUUAUUGCGUUCAAAAUAUCCAAAUAUUCAUCUAACACUAUGGGAUAAAGCUAGAGGUCCAGGUGGUCGAGCUUCAGUUCGCCGUGGACCUAAUGAAACUUUUGUUGAUUUAGGGACCCAAUUUAUCACUACUAAUAAUUCAAUUAUAUCAAAAUAUUCAGUUAUUUACAACAUGUUAAUUUCUUCUAAUAACUUAGUACCAAUGAUGUGUAAAGUCAUAGGGAUGCGAGAAUCACCAGAUGAUAAACAUUUUAUUGCACCCAAUGGGACUAGUUCAGUCGUUAAAUAUUUGUUAGAUAAUUCUAAAGUUAAUGAUAUUAAAUUUGGAAGAAGAAUUUGUACUAUAUUACCAACAGGUAAUGUGAAAUGCAUAGACGGUUAUGAACAAACAUUUGAUUUAAUUAUAAUUACAAAUCCAAUUCCUCAAAUUUUGGAAUUAGAAUGUCCAAUAUUACAAACAGGUGUGUUAUAUUACAUAAAGAACCAAUACCGAUAA